AUGACUAAAGUCGAACUAGAAGAACACUCAUUACCUUAUAUUUGUCCAUCUGCUGUUAAUUUUCAUAGUGACGUUGAUGAAAAUGAAUUUAAAUCAAAAUCUCUUUGGAAUCCAGAUUGGACUAUUCAACGUGAAAUAUCAAUAACUAUCGAUAAAUCUUUAAAUAAUGUACCAAAAAUGUUCUCAAAAAAAAUUCAAAUAAUUAUUGCAAUUGUGAUUGUAAUAGGAUUGAUUCUAUCAAUUGUUUUACCUUUAAUUAUAUUAAUUAUUGAUCCAUAUUGGCUGCCAACAAUCCAAAAUCAGUCGAAAUAA